AUCAUGUUCGAGACCUUCAACACCCCUGCCAUCUACGUGGCCAUCCAGGACUCCGUCUUGUCCCUGUCACUCUCCUCCGGCCGUACCUUCACCGGUAUCCUCAUGGACUCCGGUGACGGCGUGACCCACACAGUACCCAUCUACGAGGGCUACGCUCUGCCCCACGCCAUCCUGCGUCUGGAUCUGGCCGGCCGCGACCUCACCGACUACCUGAUGAAGAUCCUGACGGAGCGAGGCUACAGCUUCACCACCACGGCCGAGAGGGAAAUCGUACGAGACAUCAAGGAGAAGCUGUGCUACGUGGCGCUGGACUUUGAGCAGGAGAUGGGCACCGCUGCCUCCUCUUCCUCUCUGGAGAAGAGCUACGAGCUGCCCGACGGACAGGUCAUCACAAUCGGCAACGAGAGGUUCCGCUGCCCGGAGGCCCUCUUCCAGCCCUCCUUCCUCGGUAUGGAGUCUUGCGGUAUCCACGAGACCACCUACAACUCCAUCAUGAAGUGUGACGUGGACAUCCGUAAGGAUCUGUACGCCAACACGGUGCUGUCCGGAGGAACCACCAUGUACCCCGGCAUCGCCGACAGGAUGCAGAAGGAGAUCACCUCUCUGGCCCCCUCCACCAUGAAGAUCAAGAUCAUCGCCCCCCCAGAGCGUAAAUACUCCGUCUGGAUCGGAGGCUCCAUCUUGGCUUCUCUCUCCACCUUCCAACAGAUGUGGAUCAGCAAGCAGGAGUACGACGAGUCUGGUCCCUCCAUCGUCCACCGUAAAUGCUUCUAAAAACAGACUGUACCCAAAAAAAAUCCCAAACGACCGACCCAGCCACCCGACUUACCACUUCAGCUCUGCCACCAGACACAACACCCAGAAGGAGAGAGAGAGAGAGAGGGGGCCGCGGAGUGAGCCCAAACCCAGCUUCUCAAGUCUCAUUGGCAUGGCUUCUCUUAUUUUGGCGCUUUUUUUUUUUUUUGACUCAGGAUCUAUGAAAAACAAAAAAAUAUAUACACACAAAACUGGAACUGUGACACAACGGAUUUAAAGGUUUUUAAGAGUUAAAAACACAAAAUGUAAAGGACCCUGAGAUUCUAUCAUGCAGCUGAGGACUUUAAAAAAAACACAUGUACAUUCUCUGUUUCUUUAUGAAUCAUUCCAAUUCCAAUUGUGUUAACUUUUUUCAGAACAGGUAUUUGUCUCUGUGCAGGCUGCCGCCCACAGCGAUCUGUAACAUGGGGCACGAAUGGCUUGUAUGUAAAUUAUGUCACCAUGUCUGGGUUUUUUUUUGUUUUGUACUUGCAGCCUUAAGUCUUUUGGUCCUGUUUUUAAGUUUUUGUUUAUGCAAAUGAACCCGAGUGUGACCUCUGCUGGGGGGGGGUCAGAGGUGAUUAGGGUGCCAGAGGGACCAGUGGGGGGGGGGGCAACUUGUACACUGACUAAACUCCCAAUAAAAGUGCACAUGUGUUCCGACAUCA